UAAAGCUGUGCAGUCAAUUGAAGAGCAGCUUCUAUUCGUGCAUAGCUUUUUGUAGCAUAGCAGUGUAAAGUUUUUUCAUUCACACGCUGUAAAUGCCACCAUCACUCCUCCGAAGACCCAAAGCACACGUUUAGCACAAAUCCAUUUCUUCUAAAGCCGUGAAAUCAGUUUUUGAACUUCUUUCUUGUUGCUCUGUAGCCCGCUUUUUUGCCUGUUGCCACCGUUUCAAUGUCGUGACGCUCAGUUACAUAGGAUCCGAUGAGCAGAUAACAGCUGUGUGUACUUUGUAGAUAUUUUGAUAAAAACUGAGCUCUCUAAUUGUACUUCUCCUUGGAUUAGAUUGGAUCACUUAAAAAUGGAGGGAUCUGAAGAUACCCAUUUGCAAGAUCUUGAGUUAGAAUCAUCUAAUCAUGGUAACGAUGUCAGUGAUCCCCAUUUUCAUGCCACGAGCGCUUUAGAGAUAUUGAGAGAAACUGUUAGGAUUCUCCGGUUUAAUUGUUCGGCUUUUAUGCUUAUUGCUGCGCUGUUAAUUUGCCCAGUUUCAGCGCUUCUUUUAUCAAAAGUGUUAGUUGAUCGGAGCAUUGUGAAGAAACUUACUGUUAGGCUCUUGUUGGUAGCUAAAGCUAGCGGUCUCCAACUGAGGCCUUUUAUCAAACAGUUGAGUCAUAACAUCUCUGAAAUGGCUGUUUCCUCCACAAUGUGCUUUCCUAUGUUUAUUACACUGUCCUUGUUGUCAAAAGUUGUUGUUGCUUAUUCUGUAGAUUGUACUUAUUCAAAGAAACAGGUCGACUUUUCUAAGUUUUUUGGUGUAAUUCGCAAAAUUUGGAGGCGGCCUGUGGAAACGUAUUUGUGGGUGUGUAUGGUGAUUUCAGGUUGCCUCACGACAUUCUUUGUGCUUCUUGUUGCUGUGUGUAGUUCACUUUCUGUUGUUGGCUUUGCACCUUUAGUUGGGUAUGCGGCAAUAAUUGUGGGGUUGGUGUUUUCAGUCGUUUUUGCAAUUGCUAUUAUCAUUUGUAAUACUGGAAUUGUUAUCUGUGUGUUGGAGGAUGUUUCAGGGGCACAGGCAUUGCUUAGGUCAGGGUAUUUGAUUAAGGGCCAGACUCAGGUGGGUCUGGUGAUAUUUUUAGGAUCAACGAUUGGGAUGGCGUUUAUUGAGUGGUUAUUUGAUCAUAGGGUGACGACCCUGAGCUAUGGAGAUGGAUCUUCAAGGUUAUGGGAAGGGCCUCUUUUGGUGAUGAUGUAUUCAUUUGUGGUGCUUAUUGAUUCCAUGACGAAUGCAGUUUUCUACUUCAGUUGCAAGUAUUAUAGAACAGAAGCCUCCAGUGCUGAAUGUCAGUCAAUUUUAGAAACUGAAGCCAUUUCAGAUGAACCAACAGGUAACAAAUGAUGACAUCUUGCAGUUUGGUGCUUUGUUUUGUUAUCCAUGGAACUUUCUUCUCAGCUAAAAUAUGGAGAUGGGAAAUUUGAUGAGGCAUUGCUGACUUAUUUGUCUGUCAUGAUUCAUUUCGAUGAGGAGUCGUGUCUAAUAAAUUGGUAGACCUUAGCAUACAAGGUUUUGUGGAAGGUGAUAUGCUUAUUACUUUCAACUCCGUCGUCUACUUCAUUUAAGGGCUGUAGUUGAUUUUCCAUCAAUUUGCAAGGGGAUAGAAUGAAAAGGCAUAUGGAGUUGAAAUGUUGAAUAAUUCCAAAAUUAAGGGAAAAUGCAGGAUUACCGGAUGGAAAAUUUCUGGAAAUUAUAGAUUUUUCUAGUCGUUGUAGUUUCUAGUAGCUUCUUGUGAAAUAUUCAUAUCCUAUUACUAUUUCCAGAUAUAUAGAGUUAUUUCCAAUUGUUACAACUUUAUUUGUUAGCUUGCUGUUGUUUAAGAAAUUAAUAACAUGGUAAAAAAUUUAGCUUUGGAUGAUAACUG